AAAAUGAAUGAAAAUAAAGAAAUUAUUCAACAUGAUUACUAGACUCAACUUAAAGAUUUCUAUGAUUAAACUCAAGAAAUUGUAAGUUCGAUAUAACAAGGUAUUAGAAUUAAAAAAGUAUUAUUUUAUUUAAUACUCUAAGGAUAUACCAAUUCAAAUCAAUCAUUUAAUGGGACAAUUAAAACCAAUAUUAGAAUCUAUCGCAUCAAAUGCUGAAAUACAAAAAUAUAAUUGGCUCCAUUUGAGAUCACUUAUUGUUAUUACAACCAGAGAUAUGUUAAUUAAUAUGCAGAAACUUUUUCCUUAUGAAAAAACACUACAAAAUGAAGGUUUCGAAGAUGAAUUAGAUAUCGUCCUCUAAUUUCUUUGUGUUUUUGAAUAAAAGUAAUCAUUCACUUCUAAAAUAUCAGACCACCAUUUACUUUGCAACGAAUAUGUGAAUUACUUAUUGAUCCUUAAAAACAUUACAAAUCAUCCAAAAAAAUAUUGUUUGCCAUGGAAAAAUUAGUAAAUGUAAGUACAUGA